AUGACGGACACGCAGAUAGAGAAAGUCGACGGGGGAGUCUCCCAUGCGACACCUCAGUAUGAGUCGCAGCAAGUCACCUUUGCGAGCCUGAAAAAAUACCUGGUGACGCGCUUACCAACGCUAAUCCCACCCAUGAACAAAGCCCCCAACCCAUUUUCUGCGCUUCGACUCCUAAACCGUCAACAAUGGCUUUUCUUCUUGGUCGCCUUCUUUGGCUGGUCCUGGGAUGCAUUCGAUUUCUUCACCGUCUCGUUGACGACGUCACAACUGGCGGAGGAAUUUGACAAGUCCAUCUCUGACAUCACCUGGGGAAUUACCCUGGUGCUGAUGCUCCGGUCCGUCGGCGCCAUUUCGUUUGGAAUUGCCUCGGAUCGCUGGGGUCGGAAAUGGCCCUUCAUCGUGAACAACGUCCUGUUCAUUGUGCUGGAGCUCGGCACCGGCUUCUGUCAGACCUAUAAGCAAUUCCUGGCCUGUCGGGCCCUUUUUGGAAUCGCUAUGGGUGGUCUGUACGGAAAUGCAGCGGCCACGGCAUUGGAGGAUUGUCCACAGCAGGCGCGCGGUAUCGUGUCCGGUCUGCUGCAGCAAGGGUAUGCUUUUGGCUAUCUGCUUGCUACGGCAUUUGCGCGUGCCUUGGUGGACACGACGUCUCAUGGAUGGAGACCGCUCUACUGGUUCGGGGCUGGUCCGCCGGUCCUGAUCAUCAUCUUCCGUCUUUUCCUCCCCGAGACUCAGACGUUCCAAGAGCGUCAGGCGACCCGGGAGAAUCGCCAGGGCGGGAAGACGUCCGAAUUCCUCGAGCAGAGCAAGGUAGCUGUGAAGCGUCAUUGGCUUCUCUUGAUUUACUUGGUUUUGCUGAUGGCGGGGUUCAACUUCAUGUCGCAUGGAUCUCAAGAUCUGUAUCCGACGCUACUCAAAAGCGAGUUUGGCUUCUCUCCCAACGCGGUUACGGUCACGCAGGUUGUCGCUAACCUUGGAGCCUUGACCGGCGGCACUCUUUGCGGCUGGGCCAGCCAGAUAUUCGGCCGUCGCUUCUCCAUCAUCGCGAUCAGCAUCGUCGGCGGUGCCCUUCUAUACCCGUACACGUUCGUCACCUCUACCAAUGUAAUGGCCGCCGCCUUCUUCGAGCAGUUCUGCGUGCAAGGCGCAUGGGGUGUGAUCCCAAUCCACCUGAUGGAGCUCUCGCCCGGAGCAAUCCGUACGUUCGCCGUUGGUACGGCCUAUCAGCUAGGGAACCUUGUCUCGUCGGCUAGCUCCACGAUCGAAUCUACGAUCGGCGAACGCUUCCCGCUGCCCCCGACGGAGAAGGAGGAACACCGAUACCAGUAUGGCAAAGUGAUCUGCAUCUUCAUGGGCUGUGUCUAUGGCUACACAAUUCUGGUGACCCUUCUUGGGCCGGAACAUCUCGGUCGGAACUUUGACGUCGCACACGACUCCGACAUGGCCGCGAUAGGGGCCCACCGCGCAGCCGCUGAUGGUGAAAAUAGCGACCCGGAAAAAGGCACGGUGCGGAUUGAUUGA